AUGGUGAAGGAUACAUUCUACUAUGACCUUUUGCAGGUCGAGACCGAUGCCGACGAUGUGAAAAUUAAGAAGGCAUACCGUAAGAUGGCUUUGAAAUACCAUCCGGAUAAGAAUCCCGGUGACAAAGAAGCAGAGCAAAAGUUCCAGGAAAUCGCAGAGGCCUACCAAAUUCUUAGUGAUGCAGAAAAGCGAAAGCUUUAUGACGAAGUCGGAAAGGACGAGCUCACCAAAGCAGGCGGUCCGGCCGAUGAUAUUGGACCAAGAGAGUUAUUCGGUAUGAUGUUCGGAGGCGAGGGUUUCGAACCAUACAUCGGAAAGCUUACUCUUCUCACUGCCAUGUUUGACGAGUUGGGAGCAGAUCCAGAAGCGGAACCUCAGGAGACUAAGCUUUCCGAAAGUCAGGAAAUCGGAACUCACAAUCCUAAUGCCCAUGUUUCGCAAAACCCAAAGAAGGAGAAGUUCGACUACGAGAAAAUGAAGCAACGGCAGGAAGAGGAGGCCAAGAAAGUUGAAGAUUUGGCCAAUCAAUUGAUCGCCAAAAUGCAGAAACCUAUAGACUCUUCGAGCUCGGGCUUCCUUAGUAACGAAUCCAUUGUUCAAUUCCAAAAAGAAGUGACCAAAGAAAUUGAAGACUUGAAAGUGGAAUCCUUUGGUGUUGACAUUUGCCACAUUAUUGGGAAAGUGUAUCUGUUCAAAGGACAAACGUUUUUGAAAUCGCAAAAGGCAAUUCUCGGAAGGUUCCACAAGAUGUCUUCCUCCUUGAAGCAAAGCCGUAAUACCAUGAAGAAUGUUUGGUCGAUGGUUUCCACCGCUACCGAGGCUCAAUCUGCCGUUGAGGCGCUAGAGAAGCUGCAGAUUGAAGAAUCUACAGAGAUGGACGAGUACGAGAAGGCCAAGUACGAAAGGGCAAUGACGGGUAAGUUCAUUUCCGUUGCGUGGGUUUCUUCCAAGUUUGAGAUGGAGUCAACUUUGAACAAGGUUUGCUCGAAAGUCCUGAACGAUAAAACUGUUCCAGUGGAGGUGAGAAAAAUGAGAGCAGAAUUACUUGUACUAAUGGGAACUUUAUUCAAGAACGCUAGAAGAGAUCCCGGCGAGGAGAGCGAAGUCCAGAUGUUUGAGGAACUCAUGAGAGAGAGCAAGGAAAUUAAGGCAAAGGAUUUGAGACGGGCGGCUGUUAUGAAUUCUAGAGGAUCUCAACCGGUUUCUAGUCCAGACUCCUCUAUCAAGGCUACUCCUGAAGAUGUUCCUGGUACCACAAAAGCUUCCAAAGAAAACAAAGGAUUCUUCUCCAAGAUCCGCUAA